AUGCCAGAGUGCGAUCAGAGAUAUCCGCAAUGUUCCAAUUGCGAAAGCGUCAACGCUCCCUGCCUCACCUAUCAUUCUGGGAAACAGGCCGAAAUUCCUCGGGACUACGUCUCCAACUUGGAAGAGCAGAUUACGGUGCUCACUCGGGAGGUUCAGGACUUGCGGGAACACGCACGGGGCAACUCAGCAGCAACAGACAAAAACGUUGCAAACACUGUAAUAGCCUCCCAGUCGGCCCGGGAGACAGGCAUCUUUCCUACCUUUGAUGAAGGCUCGCCUGUUUUCCAAGACUUGGUCACAAAAGUCAAAAGCGUCGUCGUUGAACCUUUCCAGCAGACACGGUUUUUGGGACAAAGCAGCGGCAUCUCCUUCGCCAAAAUGGUUCUGGCAGCCAUUCAUGUUGAUAGCCUGUCCUCACCACUUGCUCCGGGGCAACAUCCUUCUUAUAAAUUCUGCCUGAUCGAACCAUCCUCUCCGGACAAAGCCUCACUGCCACCACGCCAUGUUGCAGAUCACCUAGUCGACGUUUACUUCCAGUAUCGUACACCUCAUCUGCCAAUUCUAGAUCGUUUGCAAGUAAGCAAAGCCAUCGACAGCGCAUAUCGUUCCCUCGGAUCAAGCCAAGGAUCAAUUGAGGUACCUGAGAGGGACAUGUUCAUAGCGUAUAUGGUAUUCGCCAUCGCUCUGGUUGACGUCCCUCAUACGUCCGGGGGCCGACCAAGCCAAAGCGACGGAUGUUUCCGUUCGGCACUCAGCUGGGUCGAAAAAAUCCUCACAUACUCCAAGAGCGACGUCGAAACUCUCCGGAUUGUGCUUUUGCUGGCCCAAUUCGUUGCUCUGUCGCCUUCUCGGGGAAGUCUUUGGCAUCUAACAGGCUUCGCUUUGCGUCUUUGCAUCGACGUAGGCCUACACUGGGAAACUGAAUCACAGUGUCUCAAUACGGAUCCAGACGUAUUGGACGAUCGGAGGCGCCUAUGGCAGUCCACAUAUCAUUUCGACCGCCUCCUAUGCAUCACUCUCGGCCGCCCAUUCGGUAUCCUCGACGAAAGCACGCGUGUCCAGCUUCCGAAUCCAUGGACGGGAUGUCGUCCUGGACGACAACAACAACCUAGCGAAUUCGACAUCCACGCUCAGCGAGCUCACAACCACUUGUUCACGCUGGCCCGACUGGAAUCAGAAAUCAAGCACGUACAACAUGGCCAAGUUUGGGCUCUAAAACCGGCCUAUCCUCGGCCCAGCUGGAAUGCCUGGCUACGGGACAUUCAGCCCCGUUUGCAGGAAUGGAAUGCGACCGUUCCCGAACCUAGCAAAGCACAUCCGUCUUCGAUAUUCGCCUCCCAAGCCUACUGGGAGGUGAUUUACCAAAACGCCAUUCUGCUACUCUAUCGUCCGCACGCGGGUGUCAACACGUACCGGUCAGUAGAAGAGCUGUUCAUCACCUUUGAAGCUUCUUCCAAAGUCAUCGCCGGGCUCAAGGUCUUGCAACGUGAGGGAAGAGUUGAAAUGUUGUGGAAAUCAGUGCAUCACCUCUUCUUGGCUGGGCUAGGAGUCGUAUACGGCCUCUGGCAUUCGAAGGAAAUUCGCAAGCAAAAUCCUGUCGGUAAGAGUAUUUCCACACUCCAAUCCUGCGCAUCGACUCUCUCGGCCAUGUCAGAGACCUUCCAAGGAGCGGUGGGGUGUCGGAAUGCCUUUGAUACGCUAUCUUCCGUGACAAUCGAUUGGCUAGUCACCAGAGAUAUUGAAGAAGUACACCAAAACCGGGUGGAAUUCGAGAAUCACGUAAGAGAGUUGACGAAGCAAUUGCAGCUCUCCCGCGAUGGUGGCACAGCGAUGACCAAUGUCCAUCAUGGGGCGGCCGACAACAUGUUAGCUGUCCUGUCCACUGAUAACUUUGACCUCGGUGAAUUGCUCAAUACGGCGGCGCAGUGGCCCGAUCUCGGCGAGUUCAACUUCAUCAUGGGAGAGCAAGGUGCCAUGAUGGACACGGUCACUUGA